AACAUCGUACCAAUCUGCCUUCCACCUACUGCUUACAACAGCACAUCGCGAGCAGUGUGGAUUGGUUCAAAUGUUGUUAUCUCAUUUCUGGUCAUAAUGGUAUAUAGCACUGCCCAUGUAAAAUGUCACCGCUUAAGUGCAAAAAAUACUCACGAGCAAAGUGUCGAACGCAUUCGACGCUUGCUACAUUCACUAUCUAUUGUUAUGGGUAUCUAUAUCUCUACGUGGUUUGUUACAGUGCUCGCACUUCUCGUGACACAGAUACUCCCACUCGGCCCCAAAGUUGUGAAUGAAAUCAACCAGCAGCUAGGAUGGCUAGUGAUUAUCAACGCUUCCAUGAACUUCUUCAUAUACUUAUGGAGAGCACCUGAAUAUAGGAGAGUCUUUAUGUACAUCCUUUGCCUGAACAGAGAUCGAGCACUUAAAGAUGCGACAAUAACUAUUAGCCCUGCAAGCGGCACCAGCACCGCUUUGAGGAAGUCUUCCACCAAAAAUAACCAAGAUGGCGCGUUUGGCGAGAAUGCACUGAGGUUUUUGACUAUUCCAGAUGACGAAGGUGGAAAUGCCACGUUACGAGAACUUCUCAAACGAUGCACACUUCAGUCAAGUGAUUGUUGCCUAAGUCAGGUGACGCAGCAGCAUCAAAUCUCGCUCAAAUUAUACAAAUCCAAAGGCACCAUACAUUUCAAUUCAACACGUCGAACUCCGGAGAUAGUCGAAGGAUACGGAUAUGCAAGGAUAAAUUGUCUAGAGUGUUUUUUGACAGCACUGCCCUGAUG